AUGGAUGCAUCAUCACAAAUAACUGUUAAAGAUAAAUAUUAUGUUAGUCUUGUUUGGUAUACAUAUUCAAAUGAUAGUGAAAGUGAACUAUUAUUAUAUAUUAGUGUAAAAAUACGAAAAGAUUAUACGUAUUAUGGGAAGCCAAAUCAUCAAACAUGUUCAAAUAUUCAAGAAAAAAAUUUAAAUUCAGUUAAACAUCUUUAUAUUACUAGUAAAGAAAUUGAAGAUAAUUGUGUAAAUUAUUUUCCAAAUGUUAAUGAAUUAUCUAUUAAAACAUCAGUUGAUUCGAUUAUUACAACACUUCAUCAAAGAAAAGAAAUAGCACAAAUACUUCGAUUUUUAUUAUCAAAAACUCAUAAUAAAACACGCAAUUUAUUCUAUUUAUGCAUUUCAAUGGUACCAAAAGUAUGUCUAAAAGAAACAAAGAUGGUAAUUAAAUCAGAAAAUUUAUUCAAUGAUCAUUCUAUUAAAUAUAUUAAUCGUGAUUUACAUUUAUGGUGGUAA